UGCCCAUGAAAGGUCAUGAAAGCAAGGACUGGCCAAAAAGCCUCUGGAUUCUUCCUUUCUGGGAGCCCCAAGCAAAGCCGGCCAAAAAAAGGAGAGCAGAGAAAAGUAACUUUUCCUCGGUGGAAGCAGGAGCCAGGGGCAAAACUUCACUUUGCAUGGAAGAAAAAAAGUAACUUCCCUCUCUCACACAUGUGCAAGCAUGACUCUUGCCUGCGGGGUCCCCAUUUAUUCCCCUUUGGGGAGAGUGGUCAACGGCGUGGAUGCUGUGCCUUACAGUUGGCCAUGGCAAAUCUCCCUGCAAUAUGAGAGCAAUGGAGAGUUUUAUCACACUUGCGGAGGAAGCCUCAUCGCCCCCGGAUGGGUCAUGACUGCCGGACAUUGCAUCUCCCGUUCCCGUCACUACAAAGUGGUCCUGGGCGAAUACGACCGGAGCAAGGAGGAAGGUUCGGAGCAGCACAUCUUGGUCAACUCCGAAGACAUCCAUGUCCAUCCCGGCUGGAACAACAAUUGCGUGUCUUGUGGGGAUGAUGUGGCCCUGAUCAAACUGCCCCACAUUGCGGAGUUGAGCGACAAAGUGCAAGUGGGAUGCCUUCCACCCCGAGGAGAAGUGCUCCCCAAUGGCACCCCAUGUUACGUCACCGGAUGGGGCAGACUCUAUACCGGUGGUCCUCUGCCCUCCAUCCUCCAGCAAGCCUUACUCCCAGUUGUGGACCAUGAACAUUGCACCCAACCCGACUGGUGGGGGACCACCGUCAAGGAGAGCAUGGUUUGUGCUGGUGGAGACAUCCGCGCCGGAUGCAAUGGUGACUCCGGGGGACCCCUGAACUGCCAGGCCGCCGACGGAAAGUGGUACGUCCAUGGCAUUGCCAGUUUUGUCUCGAGUCGCGGGUGCGACACCUUGAAGAAGCCCACCGUCUUCACCCGGGUCUCUGCAUUCAAUGCCUGGAUCGAGGAGACCAUUGCCAGCCAUUCCUGACCGAUUCUUCACCCAUGAAUGCUAUGCAAAAGCAACCCAGCCCUCAACCGCAAGCGGAUUCUCUCUUUAAGAAGAAUGAUAAUAAAAAUAAAAAUACAAGUUGUGGCUUCA